GUUUUAGAGUUUUAAAACCGGAACUAGAGAAGCCAAAUAAUCGAAAGCGGUAGGGCUCACGAGGAUCCCAAACCUUGUUCGGCGGCGGGCGUCGAAGGAGAUGACGGACGGAAGUGAUCUCGAAGCUCCAGAAGAGUUCACCGCUGCCCAGGGCAUUGAGGAAGAUGAAAAAAUUAGAAAAAUCCAAAGAGAGAAUUUAACAAGGGUUGCCCAUGAGAACAAAGAACGCAGGAGACAGUGGGCGCUAAGAAAAACUCGACCAAAAUCAAAGAAGAAUGUUGAUCUUGAAGCUGCGGCAACUGAAAAACCAGAGGAGCUGUCUAAUAUUGGAGAAUUGCUUCCAAGCAACAUUGUUGAAAUUCUAGCAGCGCGAGAAAAAAAAACUUUCUCAUCGGAUUCUGAGGAGGAAACCUUAAAAGAGAAGCCUAAGAAAAGAAAGACAAAGCUUAGAAAUUCUGGUCCUGAGACUAUUCUCCUAAACAAGAUUCCUCCGCCUCAAUGUUUGGAGAGUUCCUUGGAGUUUCUUAAAAAGAGAAAGAUGCAGGUUUCACGAUCAUCCGCCAUUCUAAAAAAUGCAGAUCAAGCAUUGCGACUCAUUUCAUCCAAAGGUAAUUUGUUGAGUAAGAAUUAGUAUGUAUCCAUUGUUGAAGUUAGUCUCGGAACUUUAUAUGGUAAUUUAGACUGGAUUUCAAGGUUUGAACCUUCCGAAGAUUUCAGUCAAUGCGUUAUUAUCGCUCUUUGGUGUUGUAACAUUGCCAUAUUAUCUUUGGAGUAUAUAAUUGUUCUUACUAAAAGUUUCAAUCUA